AUUACAUGAGCCCAAAGUCUUCCAGCUCUGAAAUAUUUCAGUCCUGCAGAAUCAAAAGUUAUUGAAGGUCUCUGGAUAUGAUGACAACAUUGUGUUUCACAGCUACAUCACCAGUGUUUAGUAACUCAAGCACAAUUAUUUGUUUCAAUUACUGGUUUGCAAAUUUAUUCACAUGACAUUUGUAAGCAUUUCAGUUUAUAUUAUAUAAUUAUUUAAUGGGCUAAUACAGAAGAAAGAAGGUUUCCCAGCUCUAUUAUCAUUUUAUGGCAGCUAAGCGCUUUAUUACCUCACGGCUUAAUAUGUAUUAGGACCACUGAUCUAUAAUAUGUAACAUAUAUAGAUCAGUGAUUAGGACUGAUCAAUUAUACUAACGUUGCCUGGUAACGUUCCUCGAGCGCUCAGCUAUUAAUGUGUGGACCACGCCCACUUUAACGACCGCAACAGUUAAAGAUCGGGUUUGUGCGCUUGUAGUAUAGUUUCUCAAGUAUGAUUGUUAGGAAAGCGUCAAGUGGAAAAAACACCGGGCGCAACGUGACGCCAAUGAGAGCUGCGUCCUACAAUUUUCAAAGGCAUGGGGCUAAACGCAGCGCUCAACGAGGUCGCCAGCUUUCUAAGUUAAAAGCAUAUGGAUGCAACAAAGACAGUUCCAGAGCUAUAAAGGCAGGUGGAAGAUGUCUGAAUGGCCAGUCAUUGAUUUCAGGAUGCAGGAGAGGUCAUGCUGAGCAGGGCAUGUCGACUCCCAGCGCCUCCAAGGACUUCAGCCAGGACUCCACAAGUCUCACGAUGCCCUCUGGUGUUUCCAGCUUCUUGUUGGAUUGCUUGGAUGUUGAUUCUCCAGCUUCAAACACGGACUCGACGCUUUCAUCCAUCGAGGAGUUUCGCAAAACUGACAAUUAUGAUGAGGGGACGGCCUUACUUGGUGAAGAUGGGAUGAUGAACACAGUGAAAAACUCAACUCUUCUAGAUCACAGCCAUGCGCAGGAGUUAGCGCUGCAGCAGCCUCCAAAUCUCUCCUCCAUUCUCGAACUAUCAUUAAACCCUGCUGAAGAGAAAUCGUUUUCUUUGUCACCUAUUUGCCUCUCUCCUUUACGUGUGCCCUCUGAAACCUUGGCAUCAGAUAUUGCAUCAGGAUGUGUGUUAAAAUCAGCUAAUGAGAGAACGCCUGUGAAUACUAGGGUUGUAGUUCUUUCCCCUGUUGUGAAAAAGUGUUUUGCAGAAAAGGAAAAACCAAUAAAAUGCAGAAAAGUGACGUUCAGCGAUAUUGUGAGCAUUCGAAAUGUAUCGAGCCAUAAACGUGGUAAAACAGACCACCAGGACUCUGGAGUAAAGCUGGUUCAAGCAAGCGGAAGUGUGUCGGUGGAACCCAGAGACAUUUCCUCAUGGCCUGUGACGUUUUUUGACUUUGCAAAUGAGCGUGAGAGAGAAGCCUUUUUCCAGAGACUGAAACAAACACGCUCAUUUAAGUUUCCUGCCAAACCGAUAACCUCUGUCUGAGAGGACUUCAGUCCAAACAAGCUGAUCUAUACCCUUUUCUCACAAGUUAAGAAACCCAGAUUACGGGAUCAUCACCUCUGACCAGCAGAGGGCAGUCAACACGUGCUUAAAUAUAAUACAAAUAUUUGUAUGUGAGUUUAAUGGCCAUGCAGUGUUUUUAAGAGCUCAAGAUGGAUGAAUACGUGCGCACUGGAGUGAGACCGUUCAAACAAACACAAGAGCUGAAUAAUAUACUGAUCAAGAAGAACUUAACUGAUGAUUUGAAUGCAGAGUCAUCAAAAUGAGAAAGCAACAAUGCCUUGCAGUGAUUGUGGAAUAGAUGUUUACAUGCCAAAUAUAGGUUUUAAAUGGAAAGAGAGCUUUACAAAUUAAAUUAUUUAAAUGAGAUGUUUAGGUAAAAGAUGUAUAAAUACUAAAAGACGAAUAAAGAACAUUUUUAUUGUG